GUGCCUUCCGCUUGGGGUGUCGCUCGCACCUAGCCAGGUGAUUGGGGUUGAGCACCGAGAGGGUCGCGCCGCCGCGGGCGGGAGGCGCCGUCAUGCCCCGCUAUUACGAGGACAAGCCGGAGGGCGGCGCGUGCACGGGCGUGAAGGAGGACCUGGGCGCCUGUCUGCUGCAGUCGGACUGUGUGCUCCAGGAAGGAAAAUCUCCUCGGCAGUGUUUGAAGGAAGGAUACUGCAAAGCUUUGAAGUAUUCAUUUUUUGAGUGUAAAAGAUCAAUGUUGGAUGCCAGAUCAAGAUUCAGAGGAAGAAAAGGAUAUUGAUACCAUUACGUUGAAAGCAAGAUGAAAACACCAAAGGAUUUUUCCACAGAAAAGCCACAAUAGGAAAUAAUUUUUGCUACAUCUGUUUGGUUGAACCAGUUUUCCCUCCAUGGAACGCUGGAGAAAUUGGAUGAAUUUUGGUUUUGAAUAUGUAUAAAGCAAAUGCUUCUCUGAAUCUAAGUUAUUUUUAGAAGAUAAGUUUAAUUGAACACUUAUAGGCCUGGAAUAUAAUGUGUUUUGAGAUUUUGCCUAAAGUACAGGAAAUGGAAAAACUGCUAUUUUCAAACCUGACUCUUUAAUCAUAUUACACCAUUUAUACAUCUGGAAGGGACUAAUGUGACACUGGAGGCUGUCCACAAGAUGUUUAUUGAGAAAGUUUAUUUAAUCUAUCCUAUUUAGUUCUAGAAUAAAUUGGUUCCUUGGAGAAGAAAUGCUUUAUUUGAUUGAUUCACUGAGGCUAAAGUAAAACCUCAGAACUUUGAAAUCUGCCAUAGGGCCUAGCUGGAUCCCAAGCCCACACGGUGUUGCCAAGGACUCUUCUAUCUCUGACUGAUUUUCCCUUUCCUGGUUUCAUUUUUAGGGUGGCCCUCUCCACAUACAGGACCAGUAUCAGCUAUAAGCUCACAUCCUUAAGAUCUGUUAUUCAAAAAGGAGAGAGUGAAUUUCCCUUUCCAAGGACCACAAAUCAAAUCCUACUAAAGAACUCUGGUCUUCCCUGGGUCACCUGCACUGUGACUGACCACUCCCAGCAGAAUCCCAGUGGUGGAAUGGCAGGCCUCUUCCCUGAAGGAAAGGGGGAUUUUGAGUACACGGAAACAACCGGUGUGUACUGUAGACAGCAGAUACAGAAAACAUGAAGUGCAAGUUUCAGAUUAUGGUAAUUUUAUCAGGAUCACUUAAUACAUAAGAGAGCCAAAACCUUUAAAUAAAACUUUAGGUUCACCUAAAGUUGUGAGAAUCCCCCAAAAUGCCACUGAAGUCUGCUGUGUAUGCUGCUUUUCACUGGGGAAGGGAAGGUGGUGGAUUUCUUCAGCGACUCCUUAUACCUGUUUAAGUGCUACGACUUUCUUGGUUAUUGCAGUGCUGGGCUGGGCCUCAAGGCCUUGCAAUGAGCUACCCACCCCCCACAGUGCUACAACUUCUAUUAAAUGUAAUUCUGAUAAACUC